AUGAGCAGCAUCGACGAGCUCUUCAAGAAACCGCACCUCCCCAGCAACAAGCGCAAGCUCGAGCCCAUCACCGACCCCGACCAGGUCUACAAGUCGGCAAAGCUGCAGUCCAAUGGAGACGCGAAGGGCAAGGGCCGCGCUACCGUCGAGGAUGCCGAGGAUGAGGACGAUAUAGAGGCUGGCCCCGCGCCGCCUCCGGAUGAUGACGAGGAAGAGCAGGAUUUCGGCGACGAGGACGAGGAGGGCCGCUUCUUCGGCGGUGGCAUGGACGAGACGACGACAUCCGCCAUGAACUACGUCGACCGCGCCGACGAGCAACCCUUCGUGCCCGAAAGCAUUGACAAGUCCUGGCUCCGGAAGCUGGCCCUCAACUUCGAGAAGAGGAUAUCCAAGAAUGCUGAGUUGCGAGCCAAAUUCGAAGACGACCCGCAGAAGUUCAUGGCUUCCGAAGCCGACCUCGACGCCGACAUCAAGUCGCUGAGCGUGCUCUCCGAACACCCUGAACUUUACGGCGAGUUUGCCAAGUUGGGCUGCGCAGGCAGCCUCGUGAGCUUGCUGGCCCAUGAGAACACGGAUAUCGCCAUCGACGCCAUUGAGAUCAUCUCUGAACUGACAGACGAGGAUGUCGAAGCAGAACAAGAGCAGUGGGACGCGCUUGUGAACGCCAUGCUGGAAGCUGACUUGCUGAGCUUGAUGACGUCGAACCUUGAGCGUCUGGAUGAGGCCAAUGAGGCGGACAGGAGCGGCGUCUACCACUCGCUAAGCAUUGUGGAGAACCUGGCGUCCAACACCACCACUGCCGAGGCCAUGGGAAAGGACGAGGCCCUGGUCAAGUGGCUGAUCUCUCGUGCCCAGAAAAGAGAGUCUCCUGUUUCCCAGAACAAGCAGUAUGCUGCUGAAGAUCUCGCCAUCCUUGUCCAGACCUCCGUUGCGAACCGCCUUUCCCUCAUUGCUCUUGAUGCUGUCGAUACCCUUCUCCAAUUACUUGCAUUUUACCGCAAGCGUGACCCUCCGAAAGACUCCGACGAAGAAGAGUUUGCCGAGAACUUGUUUGACUGCUUAACGUGUCUCGUCGACGAGGCUGACGGCAAGGCCAAGUUUGUUGAGGCCGAGGGUAUCGAGCUUUGCUUGAUUAUGCUUCGGGAUAGCAAGUUUUCCAAACCGCGAGCAUUACGUCUGCUGGAUCACGCCUUGGGCGGACCACCCACCGGCGCUGCAGCUGUCUGCGAGCGUUUCGUCGAAGCGGUCGGCCUCAAGACCCUCUUCGGCAUGUUCAUGAAGAAGCAAGACAGCGCAAACACAGAGCACCUGAUAGGCCUUCUGGCCUCCUUGCUUCGUAGCCUUCCUGGCGAAAGCGCCGGACGGAUACGAACGUUGGCCAAGUUUGUCGAGAAGGACUAUGAGAAAAUCGCACGCCUCGUUCAGCUCCGCCGCGACUACUCGUCUCGUGUGGCCGCCGUAGAACAGCAGAUUAAGCGUGAGCAGGCUGAGCUACGACCCGAGGCACGCGAAGAACUUGCGGAUGAAUGGUUUCUGCGCCGUGUUGACGGAGGACUGUUCUGCUUGCAAACCAUCGAUGUGAUCCUGGCCUGGUUGGUGGCUGAAGAUGGCGGCGCUAAGAAACGGAUAGUCGAGCUUCUGGCCGACAGGGAUGAGGGCUUGAAGGAAGUCAAGGCGACAUUAGUGGAGCAGAUGGAAGGCAUCACUGGUGACGAUUUGGGUGAAGGGGAACUGAUGCUCAAAGAUAUGCUGGGCACCCUGAUUGGAUUUUUGGAAUAG